GUGUUCACCACGCGGAUUCCAUCUCCCGGCAUGCUUUGCUCCAGCAUGGUUGCCCCCUGAAGUCGGCGUGUGUGUAAACAUUUGUAUUUUUCCGGUAAAGAAAGCGGCGGUUUUCAUGACACAUUUUCGGAGGAGAACUACGGUUGAAUCAAACACGAGGCGAAGAUGAAAAUCAAAUCCAAGUCUUCGUACCACAAAUCUGAGAACACCUUCAGGUUUCUCACUUUUGCUGAAAGACUCGCCCAGGUCAACAUCGACGUCAUCCAUCGUAUCGACCGAACCGGAUCGUACUCAGAGGAAGUAGAAACCUACUUUUCGGAAGGGCUGACGAAAUGGAGAGACCUCAACCUGUCGGAGCAUUUCACUGCCUUCCUGAAAGAAGUGUCCAACAAGAGCCAGUCCUUCAACCUGCUGGUUUUCCACCAGAAGUCCGUCGUGGAGAGCCUGAAGACUCACCUGGCGGUCAGAAACAGUUUGGCGUUCCAGCCCCUGCUGGACCUGGUGGUGCAGCUGGCCAGAGACCUGCAGACGGACUUCUACCCGCAUUUCCCAGAGUUCUUCACUCUCAUCACCGGUCUCCUGGAAACCAAAGACACAGAGCUGCUGGAGUGGGCCUUCACCUGCCUGUCCUACCUGUACAAGUACCUGUGGAGGCUCAUGGUGAAGGACAUGACCAACCUCUACAGUUUGUACAGCACACUGCUGGCGCACAAGAAGGAGCACAUCCGCAACUUUGCCGCUGAGAGCUUCUCCUUUUUGAUGAGAAAGGUCCCAGAUCUGGACGCCUUGCUGACUCACAUGUUCUCCGAUCUGGAGCAGCACCCGGAAAAGGUGGAGGGGACGGGCCAGCUGCUGUUCGAGAUGUGCAAAGGCGUCUGCCACAUGUUCCACUCCUGCGCUGCCACCGCCCUCCCCGCGGUUCUGCGGAAGCUGGGCCCCAUAACCAGCCCCGGGGCCCCCCUGCCGUUGGAUGCCGUGCGGGAUGCUGUAGAUCACAUGGCUCAGGCCGCUGCCGGUCACGUUCACAGAGAGCACUUCCUGGUUUUGUGGGAAUCCCUGCAGACCAGUGUGGAGGACGUCUCUGCCGUUCUGGAGGCGAAGCCAGAGGACACCAAGCUGGCGAUGGAGCAACUGGAGAGGCUGCUGUUUGUUCUUCACACCCUGGUGUCCCACAAGGGCGGCGCCAAAGUCACACAGCCGGAGUCGGUCUGCCAGAUGGUGCUGCGGCUGAUCCAGAGCGCCUCCUUGGGGACCUCCUGCUCCCGUCUCCUCCUGCAGAUCACCUCCUCGCUGCUGCUGGGGGAGAACGUGACCCUGCAGCCGGGGGUCGUAGCAGAGAUGAUCCAGAAGGUGUUCAGCAGCUCCGUGGGGCAGGAUUUGAUCUUGGAGUUCACCAAAGAGAUGCUGACCAUGAACCAGUUUGAACAGCUCUUCCUCCCUAGUCUGCUGCGUUACACGGCUGCUCUGUUCGGCCACGGCGACGCCCCGUCUCGCCAUGGCGGUCUGGAGGCGCUGGUCCAUCUGAUCCUCACCAAAGCCCCGCCCCCGACGGAUGGCGCCCUGGCUUUUGAAACGUACCCGCUCCUCUUCAGCGUAGCAACCACAGAAGCGCCCCCUGGGGAGCAGCUGAGCGUACCGCAGCAGGUGCUGGCGCUGAUCCCAGAGGAGCAGAGCGGCGCCACAUCCGACCUGUCGCUGCCUUGGGCCGCACUGGUGUUGCUGCCUCACCUCAGACCUCUACCUGCAGCUCAGGUGGUUCCAGCUGUGGCCGCUUUCCUGAACCGCCUACUGGAUCAGAUCCAAGCAGACGGACUGGGAAAAGCUGGUCUGUUUGUGGCCCGGCAGGCUCUGAGCUGCCUCCUGUCUCUAGAUGGCUCCGCCCACAUCCUGUCCUUGCUCCGCGCGGACGCCGUCAACUCGGUCUUGCGGAAGUUCCCAUCGGACGCGUCUGCGCUGCUUCUGGGAGACCUCUAUUACACUCGCCUCUCGCUUUGCGGCGUCUCCGAGCAUCUAUCCCACAAUGCACUGCUGGAGCUCUACCAGCUGCUGCACGCCAACUUCUCCUCCAAUGUUUCAAAGAUCCGCCUGCUGACUUUGAGGAUCUUCUGUCAGUUUGAGGCGGAGCUUCCUGCACAGGUGGAGGGAGAGGAGAGCGCGGAGGUGCAGCCGGUGUUUGCCGUCUGCAUGCAGGCAGAGCUGGUUCCGGCUUCGGUGCAGGACUACAGAGACAAGCUGCUGCACCUGCGCAAGCUGAGGCACGACCUGGUGCAGCGCAGCCUGCCCAACGGGCCGCCGGGCACCUUCCAGCAGGUUCCUCUGCGGUAUCUCAUCGCUAUGCUUUUCGUUAACUUCCGGCCGCUUUGGGACGCGGUCAUUGAACUCAUCGUGAGCCAUGCUCGGGGGAUGGGCAGCAAAGACUUCUGGGAAAUCUUCCAUGAACAUCUGGAGAUGGUUGCAGGCCUGGCAGAGAAGGAGCUGAGGGACGAGGAGGAGGAGGAGGAGGAAGAUGAGAGGGGAAGGGAGGGGCCCGGCUGUGAUGUCAUCGAAAGCGGGGAGGUGGGGGUGCUGUUUCUGGAGCAGCUGAAGCUGAACUCCGACCCCUACGACCGGACGGACUUCCCCAACUUCCGCGGCCUCCUGUGGCGAGCCAUGGCUCAGUUCCCCGACCGGGUGGAGGCGCGCAGCCGCGAGCUGAGCCCCCUGCUGCUCCGAUUCAUCAGGAACGAGUUCUAUCCCGCCGACCUGCUGGUGGCGCCCACGCAGGACCUGAGGAAACUGCAGGACGCUGCCGUGGAGGAGUCGGACAAGGAGGAGGAGCUUGAAGAGGAGGUGGAGGAGGAGACCAAACGUCCCAGAAAGGCUCUUCCAAGAAGAGCUGCUGCGAAACAGCUGAUUACCCACCUGAAGGUGUUUGCUAAGUUCACCAACCCCAGAGCUCUGUACCUAGAGUCCAGCCUGAGCGACCUCUACCACCAGCUGCUCUGCCAUCAGGACCAGCAGAUCCAGCGUGCAGCUCUGGAGUGUUUGUUCACAUACAAAGACCCAAACGUCCUUCCAUACAAGGAGAAUCUGGAGCGGCUGCUGGACGACAAACACUUCAAAGAGGAGAUCGUGCACUUCAACAUCUCUGAGGAGACCGGAGUGGUGGAAGCUCCUCACAGAGGCAAGCUGAUCCCGGUGCUGAUGAGGAUCCUGUUUGGCCGCCUUCGCAGUAAAGCUGGCAGCAGAUUCCAGGGGAAGUCCAGCGCCGGCGUCCGCUCCUCCAUCAUCCUGCGCUUCCUGGCGGGUUGUCAGGCCGAGGAGCUGGGAAUGUUCGUGGACCUGCUUCUAGAGCCCGUCCAGCAUCACAGCCGAGGUUCCUGUUUGGAGGCAGUCCAGAGAGCGGCGUCGGACGCGGACCCGGCCGCGGUGCUGCCUCUGGGCCGCCAGCACAGCCUGCUGAACGUCCUGGACGUGGUGAUCCACAAACUGGGCCACCUGAUCCACGCGCACCUCCCCAAAGUGCUGCAGGUCCUGCUGUGCGUCACGGCCUCCGUGUCCGCCGUCCUGGACAACAGGGAGCAGCUGCGCCCCGGAUGCAUCAGUCCUCUGAAGAACCUGAGGAGGCUGGGGGUCCUGAAGAUUCAGGACUUCUUCGAUGGCUUUGAUUCCUACGACUUCAGUUCAGUGGAGAUCGAUGCGGUCUUCCAGGCGGUGGUCUGGCCUCAGGUGUGUCGUCUCCCCACUGAGAGUCCGUACUCCCCCACACCUCUGCUGAAACUCGUCCACGUUUGGUGCAAAAAUGCCAGGUAUUUCCCCCUCCUGGCCAAACAGAAGCUGGACCAGCCAGAGUGCGACGUCCUCCUCAACGUCUUCGCCCUCCUCUCCGCAAAGAAUGCGUCCCCGGCUACCAUCGCCAUGGUGAUGGACAUAGCCGAGUCUCUCGCCACGACUGAAGAUUUUGUUCACUCGGAAACGGAGAGGGCACUGAAUGUGGAUGGCUGCGUGUUCCCGCAGCCUGAAGAGGGCGCUGCUCUGUCUGCAGACUCCUUAAGUCAGGGCUGCCGGCUGCUGCUGCCCCACAUCUCCACCCUGCUGCACUACUUCAGCACCGUCGUCUGCAACGCCGACAGACUCAGGAAGAAGAAGUUCCGAGCGCAGGUCUCCAAAGAGCUCAACAUCCUGUCCAAGAUCAGUCGGUUUGUGAGCGAUAAGGAGCAGAGCUCGCUGCUCGUCAGGCUGCUGCUGCCGUUCCUCCUCAAAGGCCACAACGCUCAGGAGACAGAGAUCGACAUCCUGGCCACCAUCCAGAACCUGCUGCGUCGGUGUGAGCGUCCGUCCGCCUUCCUGCGGCCGCUCAGCAGGCUGUUCGCCGUGGUUCACAACAAGCUGCCCCGGAAAGCCCUCACCGCCGUCUUCCAGACUCUGUCAGAUCUGGAUCCAUCGCUGUCCUACAUCACCGACAUGACGGCAAAGCUCAACGCCUUUGACAGCCGCCAUCUGGACGAGAUCUACUUUGAUGUGCGUUUGACGGCCUUCCAGGACGCCACGCGGCGCGUCCGAGACCUGCAGACUCUGGACCUGGACUUCAUCAGCACCGUCGUGUACAACUGUUUCCACACCUACGAGAUCGGCGACAUGUCUCUGGCGGACAACGCCACCCUGUGCCUGUCCACGGUGAUCGGCCGGCUGGCGGCGGUUGGACCUGGAGAGCAGAUUUACAGGGAUCUGAUCCAACAUACCAUCCUGGAUGCCGUCCUGAAGGGGCUCCGCAGCAAGACGGAGAGUGUGCAGCACGAGUACACCUCCAUCCUGGCCUGCCUGGUGAAGAACUUCCCCUCCAGGAAGGAGUUCAGAGACCUGGUGCAGCUCACCGACUACAACGACCCGGAGUCGGAUUUCUUUGAGCACAUGAAGCACAUCCAGAUUCACCGGCGGGGCCGCGCCCUCAGGAAGCUGGCCAAGCAGCUGACGGACGGCACGGUGGCGUUGACGCCGCGCUCCCUGCAGAACUACAUCAUGCCGUACGCCAUGACCGCCCUGCUGGACGAGAAGAUGCUCAAGCACGAGAACAUGACCUCGGCGUCCGUGGAGGUGGUGGGGGCCGUGUGCCGCCAGCUCACCUGGUCCAAGUACCUGUACUACCUGAAGCAUUUCAUCCACAUCCUGCAGACGGGGCAAGCCGAGCAGAAGCUGGCCGUCAGUCUGCUGGUCGCCGUCCUCCAGUCUUUCCAUUUUGACCAUCAGACCCUCAGCAGAGAAAUGGAAGCCGCCAAAGCCAGAGAAGAGGGGAUCGCUGAGGAAGAGGAAGAGGAAGCAGCAGACGAGGCGGAUGGGAGCGACGAGGAGGAAGCAAUGGAGACGGAUGGGAAGACGGCUGAUGUCCCCAUGGAGACGGACGCUACAGAGGGGGGCGGCGGCCCUUCAGAGGCAAAGGCCAAAGCUGAAGGGAAAGGGGGGCGGCGCGCCCCGCCCAGCGGACUUCCUCACAGCAGAGAGGAGCUGGAGGCCCUCGUCGCCGCCAUCCACCAGACCGUCAACGACAGCGUGCUGCCGCGGCUGCACAAGUGUCUGACGGCAAAGGUGCAGCGGGAUCAGGAGCACAAGGCGGUGAAGUCCAAGGACGUGAAGGAGGAAGAGGUGGCGCGCGUCCCCAUCGCGUUCGCCAUGGUGAAGCUCAUGCAGACGCUGCCGCCGCACAUCAUGGAGGCCAACCUCCCCGGGAUCCUGAUCAAAGUGUGCGUCCUGCUGAGGAACCGCUUCCAGGAGAUCCGGGACGUGGCGCGGGGAACGCUGGUGAGGAUCGUGGAGACUCUGGGCUGCAGGUUCCUGCACUACCUGCUCAAGGAGAUGCAGGCCGUCCUGGUGAAAGGCUACCAGGUCCACGUUCUGACGUUCACCGUGUUCCAGCUGCUGUCCGUCCUCAGUCCCACCCUGAAGGCCGGAGACCUGGACCCCUGCAUGAACAUGCUGAUCGACGUUUUCAACAACGAGCUGUUCGGGUCGGUGGCGGAGGAGAAGGAGGUGAAGGGCAUCGUCUCCAAGCUGAUGGAGGCGCGGCACAGCAAGAGCAUGGACUCCUACCAGCUGCUGGCUCGCUUCUGCAGCCGGGACAGCAUCACCAAGCUGCUGCUGCCGCUGAAGGAGAUCCUGGAGACCACGUCCAGUUUGAAGGUGUGUAACCGGGUGACUGCCGUCCUGCGGCGCCUGGUUUUGGGUCUGCUGGUCAACGAUGGGAUGACAUCACAGGACCUCCUGCUGCUGAGCCACGGCCUGAUCAGCCAGAGCCUGCCGCUCCUCACCAAGAGAGACCGUGAGAAAGCGUCGACCAAACCUCCCCCUGACCCCAGACUCCCCCCUCCCAGCUGCUUGCUCCUGCCUCCUACCCCAAAAAGAGGAGGAGUCAAAGCUCCCGUCAGCAGCCGCACCAACAUGCACAUCCUGGUGGACGCCGGCCUGAAGCUGCUCCACCUGAGUCUAAAGAAAUCCAAGGUGACCUCGUCUGAGGCGUCGGCGCUGGAGAUGCUGGAUCCCUUUGUGCUGCUGCUGCUGGAGUGCAUCGACUCCAUGCAUGUCAAGGUGAUCACAGAGGCUCUGACGGCGUUCACCUGGCUGCUGAGGUUCCCUCUGCCGGCGGUGGAGCAGAACGCCGGACAGCUGACCAAGCAGCUCUUCGUCCUGCUGAAGGAUUACUCCAAAGCCGGAGCGGCCCGAGGCGAGAACUACCUCCUGGUCCAGAACUGUUUCAAGGCCGUGACUAUUUUGGUCAAAAACGUCAAAAGCAACAAGAUUUCUGAAACGCAGCUGCAGGUGCUGCUGGGAUACGCCGAGGAGGACAUCUACGACCAGUCCCGCCAGGCCACCGCCUUCGGUCUGCUUAAGGCCAUCCUGUCCAGGAAGCUGGUGGUGCCGGAGAUGGAGGACGUCAUGAAGAAGGUGGCCACGCUGUCCGUCACGGGCGCCAACGGCAUGAUCAGGGUUCACUGUCGACAGAUUUACCUGAGGUACCUGCUGGACUAUCCUCUGGGGAAGAAGCUGAAGAAGCACCUGGACUUUGUGGUGGCGCAGCUGCAGUACGACCACGACACGGGCCGGGAGUCGGCGCUGGAGAUGCUGGCCUACGUCUGCCAGACGUUCCCCCAGAACAUACUCUUCAAUCACUGCAGUCUCUUCUUCGUCCCUCUGGCCCUCGUCGUCGUCAACGACGACUCUGCAAACUGCAAAAAGAUGGCUGCCAUGGCUAUUAAGACCCUGCUUACUCAUCUGGACCUGAACCACCAGAACACCUUGUUCUCCUUCGUCACCACCUGGCUGAACUCAGAGAAGACCAGCCUGCGGCGCCUCGGGGCUCAGAUCUGCGGUCUGUACGUGGAGGUGGAGCGGGAGGCCUUCUCCUGCCGGCUGGCCGAGCUGCUCCCGCUGCUGGAGAAGGAGAUCCACCCCGACAACUACGAGGACAUCGAGGACGAGCAGGACGAGAGGGGAGCGGACCGCCUCCUGUUCAGCAGCCUGACGCUCCUCGCCAAACUCUGCAAGCACGCCGGCCUGCUGGAGCUCAGCAAGCCGCCGGAGACGCUCUGCCGCAUCUGGGGUCACAUGGAGGCCCACCUGCGGCACCCUCACUGCUGGGUGUGGCUGACCGCCUCGCAGAUCUUCGGACAGCUCUUUGCAGCUCAGCCGGCGGAGAAGCUGGUCGCCGCGUGGAGAGGAGGAGGAGGAGGAGCCUCGUCGACAGCGACUGACUUCAUCACCAGCAGCCUGGACAAAAAGAUGAGGGAGUUGGCGUUGGCGUUCUGCCAUCAGCUGCAGUCCAAGUUCCUGGACACGUCCUCAGGAGAGCAGGUGAUCAAGAACCUCCUCUACGUCGGAAAGGUGAUUUACCUCAUCUCCUCCGAGUCGGAUGUCCAGGACCAAGAGCAGGACGGGCCGGAGGUCGGGAACGGUGAUGAAGAAGAUGAGGAGAAGGAAGGAGAAAAGGAGGAAGAGGAGGAGGAGGACAGAGACAACAAGCCUCCGUCUCUGCUCUGGCUGAUGAAGAAGCUGUCUCUGAUGGCGAAGAGGGAGGCGGCGCACUCCCCUAAAGUUCCUCUGAAGAGAAGCUGCGUCUUUAAGUUCCUGGGAGCGAUGGCCAUCGAUCUGGGGAAGGAGCGGCUUGGACCGUAUCUGACCACCAUCCUGGCUCCUCUGUACCGAGAGCUGGACAGCACGUACGCCGAGCAAGACCCCACCCUGAAGAAUCUGGCGCAGGAGCUGAUAGAGCUGCUGAAGAAGCAGGUGGGGCUGGAGGCCUUCUCCAUGGCCUUCUCCGCCGUCCAGAGGGAGUUCGCUCAGCGGCGAGCGGCACGCAAACGCCACAGAGCCGUGCAGGCGGUUUCCAACCCCGACAUCGCCGCCAAGAAGAAACUUAAGAAGCACAAGAACAAAAUCGAAGCAAAAAAGCGCAAAAUCGAGUUCCUGCGGCCCGGAUAUAAAGCCAAGAAGCAGCGCAGCCACGCCCUCAAAGACCUCGCCAUGGUGCAGUGAGGAAGGAGGCUCCUGCAGAGCGCCGGUCCAGCUCCGAGUCCGUCUGGAGGGUCCUGAAGAAGAGUCGUAGAGGCGGCUGCUGCAGGAGGAAGACGACCUACAGACUCUUGAGAUUAAAAACUGAUUCUGAACCUGCAGACGGGACAAAACAUCUGAAUGUUUUCCUUCAGGCGUUCUUUCUCAGAACAUUUGCCGGGGCGGCGAUGUGGUUUUUGGUCCUAAACGGCUUGCCGUACAUCAGGAGCACAGCUGAUUGAAAGGCUGGAAGCUGAAUUUUACUGAGGUUUUUUUAACGUCGGAUCAGACGGGAGGACCCGGCUGCAGACAUCAGCGGCCAGAACCGCAGGUCCUCCACCCAGACUGAUGUUAAAAAAAACACUAUUAACUGGUGACCCCAACAGUUACAGGACGUCCCAUUUUAAACUUUAAGUUAUUUUUUACACUUUCAGGGUAAAUUGUAUAAUUUCAUCUUCCGCUCACUGAUGUCAUCCUGUCUGCAGCCUGGUCCCCAUAAUGGAUGGAUUUUCAAAAUAAAAUGCUAAAUGAGAA